CCAGAGUUUCCCAACGAUGUCAGGGAUUACAGUGUGAGCUCCGGUGAUGGAGAGUGGGCAGUGCCUGUGCUGAGCUCUAGAGAAAUUGGCGAGGGGGGGGGGGGAAUCUGGGGAUGAGAUACCCAUGUCUGGAGGACCGUGCAUCAAUGUAGUGACAUCGUUGCGGGGAAGCGUGUCUUAGACAGUGCCCCAGUCCCGUCUGCAUCUUCCCAUUACAUUUAUUUAUAUAUUUCCACCCCCCCCUCCUCACAAACAGGGAGACGUGUCCCUAGGUUUGGAGGGUUAGCUCUGCCUGGUUUCCUUAGCCACCACCUCUCAAUGACUCGCAGGUAAUAUCGUAACUUGAUUUAUCUCCCCCUUUCCAAUCGAGCCAUUUAUCCUGGCGAGUUCCUCCCCCUAGUCUGGUGCCGAAACCAUGGAUGAAAUUUUGAAGAGGAUUUCGAAGGAAGCGACGGGGAACAAGUACAAGGCUAUAAGAGAUGCCUGCACUUUAGCAUGUGAGACACUGAAAUCUGAAAACAAUGCUGCCAAGCUGCCGACUUAUCAAUUGAGGGAGAGAUGCCUUACUCCUCUGAAACUUGCUUUGGAAUCGAAGAAUGUCAAACUAGCCCAGCAUGCACUAGCUGGAAUGCAGAAACUGCUGGCUGAUGAGAGGCUGGUGUCAGCGGAGAAAGAGCUGGAGGACAGACAGUUGCUGAACCAGAUGCUGGACUCCAUGAAGGUUACACCUUUUCUGAACGAGGACCUGCAAGUGGAAGUCAUGAAGGUGCUGCUGUGUAUCACAUACUCAUCGUCGUUUGAAAUAAAUGGCAGUGCAGUGCUGAAGAUUGCUGAGGUUUGCAUCGAGACGUACGUAGCCAGCAGUCACCAGCGCAGUAUCAACACGGCGGUGCGAGCCACCCUCAGCCAGAUGUUGAGUGACUUGACCCAGCAACUCCGUCUGAGGCAGGAGAGUGAGAAUGAGGAUGGUUGUACAUUGCAGGAGGAACAUUACAGCAAAGGCUCCUCAGUCCCGGUCGAGUCGCUGUGUGAGGACGUGGUCUCCGUGCUUGCUGUCCUUUGCGAGAAGCUGCAAAGAGUGGUGACUAAUAACCAACAGUUGCAGCUCCUGUACCUGGAGUGUAUCCUCUCCAUGCUGAACAGUUCCUCUCCUGUCAUGCAUCGUCAUAAAGGUUUCACAGACCUCUUGUGGAAGCAGCUCUGUCCAGCCCUGAUUGUCAUCCUGGGUAACCCUAUCCAUGAUAAGACCAUCUCGUCAGGUCAUGUCGCCUCGCUGACGGAGACUGAGGCUUCUUUGACCGGCGUCUCCGAUCAUGGCCGCGGAUCAGGCUGUUCGUCCACAGCGCCUGCACUCAUUGGACCUGUGGCACGCACCAUCUACUACAUAGCAGCGGAGCUGGUGCGGCUUGUCGGCUGCCUGGAGUCACUGAGGCCAGUCCUGCAGUCCCUUUACCAUCGCCUUCUGCUGUAUCCACCACCACAACAUCGGGUAGAGGCUAUCAAGAUCAUGAAGGAGGUCCUAGGCAACCCCCAGCGCCUGUACGAUCUCGCUGGCCCGACUGUAUAUGAAGGGGAAACCAAGAGAAGGUCCAGUCAGAAGAGAAAGUCUCACCUGGAUCUUCACAAAAUCAUCAUGGACGGAAUGACAGAGGCCUGCAUCAAAGGAGGGAUUGAGGCCUGCUAUGCCUCAGUGUCCUGUGUCUGCACCUUGCUGGCGGCCCUCGAUGAGUUGAGCCAGGGGAAGGGGCUGAGUGAGGAGCAGGUGCGGCACCUGCUCAAGCACUCGGAGGAGCUGAAGGGUGGCACCGAGUCCACCCGGGAGUCCAUGGAGAUCAGCGAGGCCGACUUCAGGUGGCAGAGACGUAUCCUGUCGGCCGAGCACGCUCAUUGGGAGUCCAGCAACGAGAAGAGCCCCGACAUUAGCAUCAGCGUCACCACGGACACCGGGCGUACCACCCUGGAGGAGGGCAUGGGGCAGACCACCCCGGAGGAGAACCCCCCUCUGCUGAGAAACCAUUUGGACUACUCUGCUGGCCUUGACAUUAACGAGGCCCUGAGCAAAAUGCCAACGCUGGGACUAGAGCAGGCGGAAACGCUGGAAGGCAUCCAUCGAAACAACAUGCACGCCUAUCCGGAUUUAGCCAACUUCUUGUCGGUCGACCCCAGGGUGAACAAACCACCCGGGUCCCGGUAUAGCGAGAGUAAUUUUAGCAUCGACGAGCAGGACAUUUCCAGGACUGAGUUCGACUCCUGCGAUCAGUACUCGAUGGCAGCGGAGAAAGACUCUGGCAGGUCAGACGUCUCUGAGAUCGGCUCCGAUAACUGUUCCCUGGCGGAUGAGGAGCAAACGCCCAGGGACUGCCUGGGUCACAGGUCGCUGCAUGGAGCCACCCUCACGCUGAAGGUCCUGAAGAACCAGGAGGCUGACCAGCACAGUGCCCGGAUAUUUGUCCAGUCUCUUGUCACGCUCCUCCCUCGUCUCCUGUCGUUACAGAACACAGAGGAGGUCGACUCAUCCCUGCAGAGUUUUGCCUCGACGUUUUGCUCGGGUCUGCAGUCAGAGCUGUUACAUUCUCCAGGCAUUGACAGCAGUGAGGGACCCUGCUGCCAGACUCUGAUGAAUGCCGACGGAUUGUACCUGGUGGCUUUCCACGCGCUGUCACUCAAUCUCAAGCUGAUCGCCUGUGAUUACUAUCGGAAAAAACCGGCACCUGUCCCUGCAUCACUGAAGGAGUUUGUGAGGCAGGUGCAGAGCAGUCGAGUUCUGAUGGUGCUCUCACAGGCCUGGAUCGAAGAACUUUACCAUCAGGUGCUUGACCGGAACCUGCUGGGAGAAGCUGGGUACUGGGGAACGGCAGAGGAGCACGGUCUGCCUUUCGUCACUAUGUUAACUGAUAUGGAUGGCCUGGGAAGCAGUGCAGUAGGAGGGCAAAUGGUCAGUACAGCGUCAGAACAAUCUCCUCUCGCCCAGGAAAAGAACACACCUGAUUCCGUGACUGCAGGAAUGUGUUUCGCACGGUUCAUUCUGAUUGGCUGCUGGAAGAACUUGAUUGACACUCUCUCUACUCCCCUGACUGGUCGGGUGGCUGGCAGUUCCAAGGGACUGGCAUUCAUACUGGGCACAGAGGGCAUUAAAGAGCAGAACCUGAAGGAGAGGGAUGCCAUCUGCAUGAGCCUGGAUGGUCUCCGGAAAGCAGCCAGGCUCAGCUGUGCACUAGGUGUUGCAGCCAAUUGUGCCUCAGCCCUUGCACAGAUGUCAGCAGCAUCAUGUGUCCAGGAUGAGAAGGAGGACAAAGAAGUCCCUGAGACCACUGACCCCAUUGCACAAGUGAAACAGAAAGUGGAGCAGAAGCUGGAGCAGAUUGGGCGGCCGCAGGGUAUUCAGCUUCACACGGCCCACGUUCUCUGCAUGGACGCCAUCCUCAGUGUGGGGCUGGAGAUGGGCAGUCACAAUGCAGACUGCUGGCAACAUGUCUUCAGAGUGUGUGAGUACAUCAGUACGUUGGAGCACAGUCACUUCAGUGACGGAGGCUCUCAGCCUCCCAUCGCCAUCACACAGGCACAGCAAGCCUCCAGCUCCCUGCAACCUGCGGACAUAGCAUUGAGCUCCAUCAGGAACCCCAGCACUGAGCUGGACACUAACAUCGGCAAUCCCGUCAUUCAGGCGGUCACCAUUCAGGAACUGAUCAAGGAGAACUGCAAGGGGAAGGCAUUUGACUUCCGAGGAGGAGGCGUGCUGAACGGGAACAAUGCGGCCAGGGCUGUCUGCACACUCUCCACAAUGGCUGACAAGUUGUUUGAAGAUGCUGCUGUGAAGCUGAAUCUCAACGCUCUGGUGGGAUUUCUCAAUCAGCUGAGGAAAGUGUCACAGGCUCAACUCUUUGACUCUAUUACAGAAACUGUGGACUACUCACUAGCAAUGCCAGGAGACGCUAGAUCCACCCACGAGCGGAGGAGCGCUCUGCAUCUCUUCCGACUUGGUGAUGUGAUGCUCCGAAUUGUUCGGAGCCGGUCCCGUCCCCUGUUGCACCUCAUGAAGACCUGGAGUGUAGUUGGACCUCACUUAGCAGAGGCUGCCUGUCACAAGGAGAGGCAUGUUUCCCAGAAAGCUGUUUCCUUUAUCCAUGAUAUCCUGACUGAAGUUCUAACUGACUGGAAUGAGCUGCCACAUUUUCACUUCAAUGAGGCCCUUUUCCGACCAUUUGAACACAUCAUGCAGUUGGAACUGUGUGACGAUGAUGUGCAAGAUCAGGUGAUCACAUCGAUUGGAGAGCUGGUGGAGGUUUGUUCCCCACAGAUCCAGUCUGGUUGGCGACCACUCUUCAGUGCAUUGAAAACCGUGCACAGUAACAAGUCCGAUGUGAAGGAAUAUCUGAUUGGUGACUACACAAUGGGAAAAUCCCAGGCUCCAGUUUUUGAUGUCUUUGAAGCAUUCCUGAACACGGAUAACAUUCAAGUGUUUGCUAACGCAGCCACUGACUACAUAAUGUGCCUUAUGAAGUUUGUCAAGGGUUUGGGUGAUGAGGAUUGUAAAGAAAUAGGAGAUUGCUAUACUGGUUUGGGAUCCAGUUCAACAGACUUGUGCCUUCCCGCCCUUGAUUACCUCAGGAAGUGUUCGCAGUUACUUGCCAAAAUCUACAAGAUGCCUUCGAAGCCGAUCUUCCACGGGCUGCAGCUCGCCAGUUUACCGUUCAGAGGCCCCGAGAGAUCGCUGAGCAGUGAAGACGGGAUUGAGUCAGUCCUCAAUGAGUUCGACGAUGACACAGGUUUGAUUCAAGUCUGGAUUUUGCUGCUGGAGCAGCUCACCACAGCCAUCUCCAACUGUCCACGCCAGCACCAACCUCCCACACUGGACCUCCUGUUUGAGCUGCUGCGAGAAGUCACGAAAGUACCAGGUCCUGGAUUUGGGAUUUUUGCUGUCACCCAUCUCCUCCUUCCAGUGAUGUCUCUCUGGCUUCAACGUAACCAUGGAGACCAAUCGUACUGGGAAAUGGCUGCUGCCAAUUUUAAGCAUGCCAUUGGACUGUCCUCGGAACUGGUGAUGGAGCAUAUUCACUGCUUUAUCCAAUCAGAUAUUGGCUACGAGAGCAGCAUCAAUUCCAUGCUGAAAGACCUUCUGAAGCUCCUUGUGUCCUGCAUUGCAGAACCCACCGAAACAAUCUCCCGAGUUGGCUGCUCAUGUAUCAGGUACGUCCUGGUCACAGCUGGCCCUGUGUUUACUGAUGAAAUGUGGAGACUGGCCUGUUGCGCCCUACAAGAUGCUUUCACGGUCACACUGGAACCAGUGAAGAAUCUGCUGGCCUGUUUCCAGAGCGGCUCAGACAGCUUCAGCGGAGAUGCUUGCGAGGUGAAGGUGGCAGCCCCCUCACAUUCUGCCAGCGCAGAGGCAGAGUACUGGAGAAUCCGGGCAAUGGCACAGCAGGUCUUUCUGCUGGACACCCAGUGUUCACCCAAAACCCCCAGCAACAGGGAAGGUUUUGAGCAUGCUCAGUCCUGCGUGUUGAUCAUCGAACUCCCACCGGAUGAGAAACACAAUGGCCACACUCAGAAGAGAAAAAUAGGAAUCCCAUUCCGGACAAUAGUGGUGAGUUUGCUGUCCCAUCAAGUGUUACUUCAAAACCUCUAUGACGUCCUGCUCGAAGAGUUUGUCAAAGGCCCUACACCGAGCGAGGCCUCAGACCGAACCGUUAACUUUGGAGAGACCAGGCCGGCCAGCUUCCUGAGGUACAUCUCCAUGCAGAACCUGGCUGUCAUAUUUGACCUGCUGCUGGACUCUUACCGAACGGCCAGGGAGUUCGACACGAGGCCUGGCCUGAAGUACCUACUGAUGAAAGUCUCGGGAGUGGGAGGGGCUGCCAACCUCUACCGCCAGUCAGCCAUGAGCUUCAACAUUUACUUCCAGGCUUUGGUAUCCGCCAUUAUGACCAACCAGGAGAACAUAACGGCCGAGCAGGUCAAGAAGAUCCUGUAUGAGGAGGAGGAGCUGAGCUCGGAUUCUUCCCAGCAGUGCUCCUCGGAGGAUGAGGACAUCUUUGAGGAGACGGCCCAGGUCAGCCCACCGAGGGGAAAGGAGAAGAGGCAGUGGCGAGCGAGGGUGCCUUCUCUCAGCAUUCAGCCGAUUAGCAACGUGGACUGGGUCUGGUUGGUGAAGAGACUGCACAAGGUGUGCCUGGAGCUCUGUAACAACUACAUCCAGAUGCACCUUGACCUGGAGUGCUUGGCAGAGGAGCCCCCAGCGCUGAGGGGUGACCCCCUCUUCUUUCUGCCCUCCUGCUACUCCGAAGGAUCCACCCCGUCCACUGGCGGCAUGUCAGGCAAAGAUACCCCUUCAGAAGAUGGCACCAGGUACCACGUGAAAGAGCUGGAGGAAGGGAAACUGAAAGGGCCCAGCAGCGCUCCCUUGAGCCCCAACAUGGAGAAGAAGGAGCAAGGCCGGAAGAAGGAGUGGUGGGAGAGCGCUGGCAACAAGAUCUACACCAUUGCAACUGACAAAACCAUCAACAAGCUCGUCUUUGAAUACAAGAAGCGCAAACAGCAGCAGCAGCUGCAGCAGCAUAACCUGGCCACGUUAGUCAAGGAGGGGAAGGUAGAGAAGGGGGAGGUGGCAUUGGGGAGAUGCCCGGAUUCCCCUCUCCAGAGGCCCCAGCAGCUGCUGGACCAGGGCCAGAUGAGGCAUUCGCUAAGCGCAGGCCCCGAGCUGCUCCGACUGGAAAAACGACCUCGCUCCGGAUCCACUGUCAGCUCCCACAGCGUCUCUGUGCGCGACACCGAGGCCCAGAUGCAGGCCUGGACCAACAUGAUCCUCACGGUCCUCAACCAAAUUCAGCAAUUGCCGGAUCAGACGUUCACCGCUCUGCAGCCCUCCGUAUACCCAAGUAUCAGCCAACUCACCUGCCACGUCACCGAUGUCCGUGUUCGGCAAGCUGUUCGAGAAUGGCUGGGAAGAGUCGGAAGAGUUUAUGAUAUAAUUAUGUAAAAAUGAAAGAGAAAAAGGCAUCAACACUAAGAGAAAACAAAUCUAUAUUUAUGAAGCACAAGGGUUAGCCUGUGAGAAAAUGACCUACUUUUCCAACCCUGACUGAGAAAAUAUUUUUCUUAUGUUACCCUCCAAGAUCCAAAUGUUUCUGGGAUACAUCUGUGGCCAAUGGGCUUGCUCCUUGAACCCCAACCUGUCAGUGGGGGUUGUGCUCUCUCCUGCUCCCUCUCUCUGAGAUAGCCUCUUGGGAUCCAGGAAGGCCUUGCGUUGGAGCUGGAAGGAUUUGAAGAGUCCGAGCUUUGAAGGAUGGAGCAGACUCAAUGGCUGAAUGGCCCGCCUCUCCUCCUGUGUCUUAUGGUUUUAUGGAAGGUGGAGGGUCACUGCAGUCCAACACGAGUGAGGCCCAACUGCGAGGGAGCUCCAGGCUAGUUAAAGGCCGGACUCUGCUGGGAGACACCAGUGUGAUCAUAAGCAGAUCCGAACAUAAAUCUGGGGCCAGGGACAGAGCAAAGCUGGAAAUUGGCCAGGGUCAAGGGCAGUGGGGUCUAGGGCUUUGAACUGUGUGGUACUGUGACCCUGUAGUUUUAUCUGUGAGGAAGGGGGUAUCGUUCCUGCUAAAAGAAGCAUCAUCACCAACCUGGCACUGACUGGGCUGGACUGCAGAAUGGGUAGAUCAACAAGGGCAACCAUUUGGAUCCACCUCCGUUCACCCACCUAAACACCUUGGGUGAAAGGUCAAAUGUUGAGAGGGUGGGCGGAUGGGCAGAUAUUGGUCAGUGCCCCCUCCUGCACUACGUCUCAGUCUCAUGUUUCAUUAACAAAGUUCCCUUUUCCUUUAAGGAGAAAGUGAGGACUGCAGAUGCUGGAGAUCGGAGCUGAAAAUGGGUUGCUGGA